GGAUCUUUAAACAGUAUCGUCAUAGUAUACGGAAAAUGAAAAGGCAUUUUAGUUUGUCAGCGAGAUUACUCAGCCAUUACGAUACCUUGAAUUUAGAUAUGAGUGCUACACCACAGCAGAUAAAGUUAGCCUUCUACAAGUUAUCUAAAGAAUACCACCCAGACAAGAACGACAGUCCAGAUGCUAAGCGUGUCUAUCAAUCGAUUACAGAAGCAUACUCCAUAUUGGGAGAUCCGCCUUCGAGACGGAGUUAUGACAGACAAAUAGAUAGUGGCAACACAUCUUCAUAUGGAUACCCCUCUAGCCCUGGGUUGGACGCCAGACGGAGACAGAGAGCAAACUACGCCUGGACGCACACAGGCAGACACCACGCACAGCAGAGGAGUAAUUGGCAGAAGUAUAAGCAAGACUCUAGCUACUACAACCACUCGGCUCGCUCUCACGCCUGGUGGUCAGAGAUCUAUCAGCGGAGAAGCCGUCCUACGAAACACAAAGAAGAUAGCUACCUGAAAGACUCGACGUUCUGGAGAUACGUACACACGCUCAGCUUGUUCGGAUUGUUGUUUGGAUUCGCUGGCUUGCUACGCUACGGCUCUGACAGUCCGCAAUUGGCUAAUAGAAAAAGAGAUCUUCGUAAGAAAGACGAAAAUCUAAGUUUGGAUAAUAAAUAAAUAUAAUAUUUAAUAUGUUCAUCAUUUU